GUCCUGUGUGGGGGGGGGGGGGGAACGACUGUUUGUCUUGUCACUUGUUCUUCUGUCCAUGUGUACCUUCUUACAAAAAAACAUUUGAUCACUGUUCUAACUCUGUUUGCUGUCUCAGGCCAUUGCAGGGUUGAAUGGGAUGCAGUUGGGGGACAAGAAGUUCCUGGUCCAGAGAGCCAGUGUUGGGGCCAAGAACGUAGCUCUGAUGUUCUCUCCUGUUUUGUGCCUUACUGAACACAAGCCUUCUUCGAUCCACCUCCACUGACCUAAAACAUCAAGCUCGGUUUCAUAACUUAAUCAGGACAAUCCAGAGCUGAUUAAGGAAUUAACUAACCGUAUGCACCACUGCAAAGUAUACAGUAUUAUUACAAAAACAAGUUGGCAAAUGAAUAAUGACAGUUUCAUAUUUUUUUUCCUUCGUUUUUUUCUUUAAUUUACUUCGUUUUUACACCAUAAACAUUCUAAAACGUUUUCUAAAAGUAUCUCAUGUUCUUUCAACCUUCCCAAUAACCAGAACCUCUCCCCUCCCCUCACCAGACAGGUAUGAACCAGACCCCGGUGACCCUCCAAGUGCCAGGCCUGAUGCCCACCUCCAUGGCCUUGUUGGGUGGCCUGCCCACUGAGGUGCUCUGCCUGAUGAACAUGGUGGUUGUGGAGGAGCUGCUGGAUGACGAGGGUGAGUGCAGCAAGUACGGCCAGGUGAAGAGCAUCGAGAUCCCCCGACCUGUGGAUGGCCUGGAGGUCCCAGGCACUGGGAAGAUCUUUGUGGAGUUCAUGACCCUGUUUGACUCCCAGAAGGCCAUGCAGGCGCUGACAGGCAGGAAGUUUGCCAACAAGAUGGUGGUGACCAAGUACUGUGACCCAGACGCCUACCACCGCCGAGACUUCUGGUAGACCUGAGAACCAGAGAGAGGGAGAGAAGCAGAGUUUCAUGUUAUUUAUGUAAUGAUAUGAAUAUUUAUGAGCAUCACAACAACUCAACUUUUUGCACUUUUUUAAAGAGGAGGCGUAGAAAGUUCAUUUAAGGCCACUUAUCACUGUGAAAUCAGCAGAAUUGGUUGAAGUAUUACUUUUGUCCUCGUCGCUUAUAAUUAUAUGAUUUCAUUCAAUGAAUCAAGUUCAAUCAUGAUUUUAACCAUUUAUUUUGUCCAUGCCUGAGCCUCAGGUACCAGUUGUUUAUUGUUACACCAACUGACCAACAAUAUGUGAACACCUGCUCAUCGAACAUCUCAUUCCAAAAUCAUGGGCAUUAAUAUGGAGUUGUUCCCCCCUUUGCUGCAAUAACAACCACCACUCUUCUGGCUUUCCACUAUUUGUUGGAACAUUGCUGCGGGGACUUGUCCAAGAGCAUUAGUGAGGUCAAGGCACUGAUGUUGGGCGAUUAGGCCUGGCUCGCACUUGGCGUUUCAAUUAAUCUCAAAGGUGUUCAAUGAGGUUGAUGUCAGGGCUCUGUGUAGGCCAGUCAAGUUCUUCCACACCGAUCUCGACAAACCAUUUCUGCAUGGACCUUGCUUUGUGCAUAGGGGCAUUGUCAUGCUGAAACAGAAAAAGGCCUUCCCAAACUGUUGCCACAAAGUUGGAAUCGUUUUGCAUGUCAUUGUAUGCUGUAGCGUUAAGAUUUACCUUCACUGGAACUAAGGGGCCUAGACCGAACCAUGAAAAACAGCCCCAGAUCAUUAUUCCUCCUUGCAUUAUGCAUUGGGGCAGGUAGCGUUCUCCUCGCAUCCGCCAAACCCAGAUUCAUCCGUCAGACUGCUAGAUGGUGAAGCGUGAUUCAUUACUCCAGAGAAUGCCUUUCCACUGCUCCAGAGUCCAAUGGUGGCAAGCUUUACACCAUUCCAGCCGACGCUUGGCAUUGUGCAUGGUGAUCUUAGGCUUGUGUGUGACUGCUCAGCCAUGGAAACCCAUUUCAUGAAGCUCCCGACAAAUAGUUCUUGUUCUGACGUUGCUUCCAGAGGCAGUUUGGAACUCGGAAUUGAGUGUUGCGACUGAGGACAGACGAUCUUUACGCACUACCCGAUUCAGCACUCGGCGGUACCAUUCUGUCAGCUUGUGUGGCCUACCACUUUGCGGGUGAGCAGUUGUUGCUCCUAGACGUUUCCACUUCACAAUAACAGUACUUACAGUUGACCGGGGCAGAUCUAGCAGGGCAGAAAUUUGAUUAACUGACUUGUUGGAAAGGUGGCAUCCUAUGACGGUGCCCCAUUGAAAGUCACUGAGCUCUUCAGUAAGGCCAUUCUUCUGCCAAUGUUUGUCUAUGGAGAUUGCAUGGCUGUGUGCUUGAUUGUAUACACUUGUCAGCAACUGGUGUGGCUUAAAUAACCAAAUCCACUAAUUUGAAGGGGUGUCCACAUAUAUAUAUAUAUAUAUACAAUUUUCAGAACAUCAACUUAUUGUGAGUUCUGACUCAUGUCUGAGGGGACACGCAAAUACUGUAAGUGUGUGUGUCUACAUUUAACUUAUCAUCACCACCCUCUUUUGAUAACAAAAUGUCUGAAAAUUAUGUAAUGUUUUGACUUUGUGGCUCUGGCACCAAUUCUCAGUGGGCAACCCCCAUUCCACAAGAAACAAUAUAGUAUAUUAACAGGAAGUACCUGAUGAACCAGUCCAGAUUCUGUAAUAGAAGGCUCUCACCCAAUCAGAGGUACUGUGACAGCCUCUGAAAUUGAUACAGCUGGGUCGUGUUCAUUAGGGCAUACCGUAGCAAAACGUUUUGCAACAGAAAACAAAUGUGUAUUUCUUAUUGGAAAAGUUCAGAUCUCUCGGUUUUCUUCAGUUUGGUGCCUAAUGAACACGACCCUGAACUCUCCCCGCCCACACCUUCCCUCUCUCUCUCUCUCUCUCUCUCUCCUUAGACAAUCUGCUAUACAGCUGAAAGACUUCAGAGUUAUCACUGCCCUGCCUCAACCCUUGGUUGGUUUUGUAAAACAUUAUUGACAUUGACUUACACUCACUAGGUAAUAUUAUUUAUUAUUUCACUGUAAAAUCAUAUCUGCUGUAUUUUUGUAUUAUGCUUUUAUAUGUUUCAAUUGUAAGUUCCUAUUUAACCCCAGUAGAGCUCUCAUGGCUUUGCCUCAAAGUGAGAUCUCUUUAGGACCCAAAGAGGCAUGUGGAUCUGCACGUGUGAAGCUUUCUGAUGGGUGACAUGAAUUCAGGUUUAUGACAGGCGAGACAAUAUCAAAGUGAAGAUAAUGUAGAUAAUUUGUAGGUGUGGGUAGGCUCUAUGAUACAAUAUGAACCAAUUACAUACCCCCUUCUUCCACUUCCACUCCUCUUUCCUAUUUAAUCGUUUUCAUUGUCUAUACUACAAGCACCACACUUGGAGGAACCUGUCUGACAUUAUUUUUCAUUCUAUUCCCAUCCCCUUCUCCAAGUUGCUUCGAAUUACAUAAUGGAUAUUUAUUUUGACAGGUUUUGCGCUCCAAAUGCUGGUAGUCUCCUGAGGAUCUUUCGAUGAUUUGCAUUACCGAACCAUUUCCACAUAUAAGACUGAUUGUUGUUUUCCUAAAACAGGUUGAAAGAUUAUGUAAGGAAAUGUAUUUGUCUCUGUCCUUAUACUCUCAACAGGUUAGCAUGUGGGAAUUUUUGCGCUCUGUCACUUCCCUCAACAUUGUAAGGUUGUCUUUUUUUAUUUACAGAAGGUCAGA